CCCAGGCUCCGGAUAUCCUCGUCUGACGUCUGCAUGCUAUGGCGGAACACGUCGAUCUGUCUCAGAGGCUCGAUUCCUGCUUGCCAAUCUACCCUGGCGAUCCACCCUUCAGCUGCUGUCCCGCCCUGACUCUCGCGAAGGACGGCGUGAACGUCCAUGCGAUCUCCAUGGGAUCCCACACCGGCACACACAUCGACGCGCCUUACCAUUUCGUCGACGGGGGCGCACGAGUCGACGAGAUACCGCUCUGGCGCUGCAUCGGGCCAGCACUGGUGGUGGACGUGACCGGCAAGCGAGCCCGAGAACAGAUCUCAUGGGCGGACUUGCAGCCGUUCGAAGACAAGAUGCGCGAACGUACCGGCUUGAGCGAGGGGCUCAUUCUGCUGAUACGUACGGGAUGGUCGCGCUAUUGGGGCAGCUCGGCCUACUUUGACCACCCUUACGUCGAUAGAGACGCCGCCACACGGAUCGUCGAGCUCGGUGUGAAGGCUAUCGGGAUCGAUACUCUGAGUCCUGAUAUGACCUUCACGGACCCGGAUGUGCAUGGAACGUUUGAUGUGCAUCAUAUCAUACUUGGCGCGGGAGGUGUCAUCGCGGAAAACCUGGCGAAUUUGGAGAAGAUCCAGGAGGGUAGUUGGAUCGUCAGCAUGGUCCCACUCAAGCUUGCCGGGUGCGAUGGUUCUCCGGUCCGCGCCUUUGCGACACCACGGGCGGUCUCUUGAACACGACAUCAUUGCAAGUGCUCCGAUUGCCAACGGUUCAGAACACAAGGCUAUACCUCUUAAUCUGGGUGCAGAACAUGUCGUAAACCGAGAGACCCUGGUGGACUUGGAUAGGGCUCAGGAGGGCAGUUGAAUCAUGGCCCAUGUCCCCGGUGAUAUAUAUAUAUUGGCUUAGAUGCUGUUGACGUGGCAAACGCGUGGUUCAACACCUGAACGCGGUGGUCUCAUCCUUGCACAAAGGUCUGCGUAAUCACAGGAGAAUGAAGGACGAAAGAGGAUCAUUAUGUA